AUGAGCAAACUAGGUGCUAUCAGCAGCAGCAGCAGCAACAGCAACAGCAGUAGCAGCAGCAGCAGCACCAACAGCAGCAACACCAAUAGCAGCAGCAGCAACAGCAGCAGCAGCAGCAGCAGCAGUAGCAGUUGCGGUUGCAUGCGUUUGCAUGUACAGGACGGCGAGCCUAAAGAAAAUUUCUGCGCGCCCCUCGCCUUCCUCCUCUACUGCCUGCAGCGCCAGGGCUAUCGGGUGUCUCUCCAGACAGAGACAGCGGUGACGGCAGCAGCAGCAAGCGAAGCAGGCGAAUGCAUUGCCGUAGUUUCCCCUGUGCUGCCGGAGUUGCAGUGCGCUUUGUACGCUGUCUCCCCUCCUCUGGAUGAAGCUGACGCUCUGCUGCCUCUCUUGGGUUUGUCUCAACGACUUGCUGCUGCUGCUGCUGCGGCUGCGGCUGUCAGGGGUUUUGCUUCCGCUUGCCCGUUUCAUUCUUUUAAGAAACGAAAUGCAGAUAGAAGUGCUGAAGGAAGCAGCAGCAGCAGCAGCAGCAGCAGCAGCAGCAGCGACGAAGAAGCAGCAGCAAGCUGCACGCGCAGAACCGCUUUGAAGGAGACAUUUAUGUCUGUGCCUCUUGCUGUUGCCUGCUGCAGCAGCAGCAACGGAAGCAGUGAGAGCAGCAGCAACGGCAGCAGCAACAGCAGCAGCAACGGUAGGAGCCACAGAAACGGCAGCAACAGAAAUGGCAGCACCAGCACCAACGGCAGCAGCAGCAGCAGCAACAGCAGCAGCAGCAACGGCAGCAGCAGCAACGGCAGCAGCAGCAACGGCAACAGCAGCAACAGCAGCAGCAGCAACGGCAGCAGCAGCAACGGCAGCAGCAGCAACGGCAGUAGCGACGGAAGCAACAACAGCCUUGAAGGAGAUAAAAGCAGCAUGAUAAACCCUUUCCACUUGGUCCUGAAGUCUGCAGCAGGCGACUGCUAUGCAAGCUUAAAAGCAGAGGCCUUCCGGGCGCGCUUUUGUGCUGCCUUUCGUCUUGCUGGCAGGAGACCCACAGCCUCACAGAUGGAAGGAGCUGCAGCAGCACCAGCAGCUGCUGCUGCAGCAGCACCAGCACCAGCAGAACUACGAGCAGCAGCACCGGCAACAGGAGAAGCAGCAGCCGCAGCAGAAGCUGCUGCAGCAGCAGAGAGAGCCGCAGAUGAUGAAGCUGUCGGAGGAAUAGAUGCCAGCAGCAGCAGCCGCAGCAGCAGACGCAGCAGGAGAAGCACUUUCGAGCUCUUGCUGGUGCAGCAGCCUCGGCUGACGCUGCAGUUUCUUGCUGCAGCUGCUGCAGCAGCAGAAGCAGCAGGGGGUUUAUUUUGCGAGGCUGGAGGAGAUUUUAUGCUGCGCCCGCGGAGCUUGGCGCCUUUGUGUCUUCAGUUGGUUUGUUUCGACAUGGACUCGACUUUAAUAGAAGAAGAGGUUAUUGAUGAACUCGCCGCUCAGAUAGGCAAAGAAGAAGAAGUAUCUGCAAUUACGCUGGCAGCAAUGCGAGGAAGCAUACCUUUUGCUGAGAGUCUCGCCCUGCGUCUUAAACUCUUAAAGGGUUUAGACAGGUCUUGCUUAGCAGAAGUCUUUAAGCGUUUGCAUUUAAGCGAAGGGGCGACGGCGUUGUCGCGUCUGCUGAAUUUUCGGGGCAGACUAACGGGAGCAGCAGCAGAACCGAUUAUGACCCCACAACUGAAGGCCUCCACUCUUAAACAGCUUGCCCAGCAGCAGCAGCAGCAGGUGGUGCAGCAGCAGCAGCAGCAGCAACAGCGACAUGACCAGCAGCAGCAGGAAGAACAAGAGCAGCAGCAGCAACAAGAACAACAGCAGCAGCAACAGCAGCAGCAGCGAAUGGCAGCUACUCCCUGUACUACCGCGGCGGCCUUGAGGUCUUCCUUUGCAGCAGCAGAAGCAGCAGCAGCAGCUGCUGCUGCUGCUGCAGCAGCAGCAGGUUUAAAUGCAGCAGCUGUCGGAGACGGCAGCAACGAUAUUCCAAUGCUGCGAGCAGCAGCAACAGGAAUUGCGUUUUGUGCGAAAGACAAAGUGAAGGCUGAGGUGCCUGUACACCUCAACCACAGGGAUCUCUUUCUUAUCGCUUACUUCCUAGGGAUCAACUACCCUGAAAGGAAAGGUAUGAAUGAGGCCUUACACUCUGCCUAA